GAGUUCCGACGUGUUUUUUUGCCGUCAUCAUUCUCAUGCUGUCCAAAUCGAUUACCACAACAGACAGGCGAUCGUUUCAAGAAAAUGUCAUAUUUGAGACCAUCGGAUGGUACCAACGGUAACUUGUCGACUGCUGAACGCAGUAUAACGAUGACGCUAGUUGGAUCGGCUGCUUCAAUACGUAAAGCACCUCAACAAAACAGUCACAGCAAUGCUCAUAGCCAAAACAAUCACCAUAUUAAGAACGACCGAAAUGAUUAUCUGUCUCCAUCUAUAUGGUAA